ACAUGAAAUCUGCAGUUUCAUAAUUUCCGUGGGUCGGGCCGGGCCGGCCAGGCGCUGGGCACAGCAAUGGCCACCACUGGGGCCCUAGGCAACUACUACGUGGACUCGUUCCUGCUGGGCGCCGAUGCCUCGGACGAGCUGAGCGCUGGCCGCUACGCGCCGGGGGCCCUGGGCCAGCCCCCCAGGCAGGCGGCGGCGCUGGCCGAGCACCCCGACUUCAGCCCGUGCAGCUUCCAGUCCAAGGCGGCGGUGUUCGGCACCUCGUGGAACCCGGUGCACGCGGCGGGGGCCAACGCCGUGCCCACUGCGGUGUAUCACCACCAUCACCACCACCCCUACGUGCACCCCCAGGCGCCCGUGGCGGCGGCAGCGCCAGACGGCAGGUACAUGCGCUCCUGGCUGGAGCCCACGCCCGGUGCGCUCUCCUUCGCGGGCUUGCCCUCCAGCCGGCCUUACGGCAUUAAACCUGAACCGCUGUCGGCCAGAAGGGGUGACUGUCCCACGCUUGACACUCACACUUUGUCCCUGACUGACUAUGCUUGUGGUUCUCCUCCAGUUGAUAGAGAAAAACAACCCAGCGAAGGCGCCUUCUCGGAAAACAAUGCUGAGAAUGAGAGCAGCGGAGACAAGCCCCCCAUCGAUCCCAGUAAGUGUCUCCUCCAUUCAAACCUGCCGCCGCCUCCAUGCCGGCCACCCGGAUCUGCCGGCCCGCCAGCUUUCUCUCGAGCCUGCCUUCGCCUCGCCGGGAGCCUCCUGAGUAGAGGCCGGGAGCCAGAAGCUGGUGUCUGGGACGCCUCGGAUGGGGCCCCAAGCUCGGAGAGCAGUGACGAGCGGGCCCGCAGGGCUGGGGGGAGAGAAGGAAGCUGCUGCGGCGAGAGGGGCGGGGCGGGCACUUCGGGCCGAGGCAAGACCGACCACCCAUCUCCUUGGCUGCCCCGGCCCAGGACAGAGAUAACCCGGCGGCCAACUGGCUUCACGCACGCUCCACGCGGAAGAAGCGCUGCCCCUAUACAAAACACCAGACGCUGGAACUGGAAAAAGAGUUUCUGUUCAACAUGUACCUCACCAGGGACCGCAGGUACGAAGUGGCCCGGCUGCUCAACCUCACGGAGAGGCAGGUCAAGAUCUGGUUCCAGAACCGCAGGAUGAAAAUGAAGAAAAUCAACAAGGACCGAGCAAAAGACGAGUGAUGCCACUCGGGUUUAUUUAGAAAAGAGAGCGAAGUAAAGAGAGAAAGAACUGUGCGUCCCCUUCUCCCUUCUCUCACCCCCACCCCAGCCUCCACCAUCCGGGCACAAAGCGCCUCUAAACCCCAGGCUACAUCUCCCCCCCCCCCAGGCAAACCCUGCUCAGGCUGGCUGGCAGGCCUGCCGCUUUGAUGGAGGAGGUAUUGUAAGCUUUCCAUUUUCUAAAAGACAAAAAAUUUAAAAGUAGGGGGGCAUUAGCGGUGAUAGCUGUGUGUGCUAGCUUGUAUAUAUUUUUUAAAAAAUCUACCUGUUCCUGACUUAAAACAAAAGGAAAAAAAACUACCUUUUUAUAAUGCACAAUGUUGACGGCAGGCUGUAUAGUUUUUAGUCUGUGUAGUUAAUUUAAUUUGCUCUUUGUGUGGCAGAUUGCUCUGCCAAGAUACUUGAAUACUGUGUUUUAUUGUGGUAAUUAUGUUUUGUGACUCAAACUUCUGUGUACUGGGUGACGCACCCGUUGUGAUUGUGGAAGCUAGAAUUCAAUUUGAACUCAGGUUGUUUAUGAGGGGGAAAAACAGUUGCAUAGAGUAUAGCUCUGUAGUGGAAUACGUCUUCUGUAUAACUAGGCUGUUAACCUAUGAUUGUAAACUAGCUGUAAGGAUUUCCCAGUGAAAUAAAAUGUUUUUAAAAAAGUGUUCUCGGGGAUGCAUAGAUUCAUGGUUUUCUUCACUUUUGAAAUGUGGGCAUUUUAGUCUCUACACGAUCUAAAGUCCUGUCUUGUCCAUUGUAUAUAAAAUCUAUAUGUUAAAGAAAAGUACAUAAUCAGACGAAUUUGCAUAUUGUUUUUGCACCAAACAGUGAGGAAAUUCGGAGCUAUACAUAUGUGCAGAAGAUUACUACCUAUGGUUUAUGCUUAAUUUUAACCGGGGAAAAACGAAUGCUAUUGUAACGGAGUUAAUUUUAUUGCUAAUAAAUUAUACACUAUGAAACCGCCAUUGGGCUACUGUAGAUUUGUAUCCUUGGUGAAUCUGGGGUUUCCAUCGGGCUGAACAUACCCUGUAUAUUUUGCAAUAGUUACCUCAAGGCCUACUGACCAAAUUGUUAUGUUGAGUGAUAUUUAACUUUUUGCCAAAUAAAAGUAUAUUAAUUCUUUU